CAACUGAUAUAAAUGCAUAAACUUUGACAACAAGAGUUUACACAAAAAACAAAACAAAAAAAAAUUCAAACAUACCAACCUGCUAUGGCAGCGGCUAACUUCAUUCCUCUGACAGUGUAUAUGACUUGGCUGCUUCUUAGCAAAGCAUGCAAUGCUGUAGAGCCUAAAACUUCUCGAUCUUUUCCUGCCAUUCUCGUAUUUGGUGAUUCUACAAUUGACCCAGGUAAUAACAACUACAUUCUCACCUUGUUCAGAGCUAAUUUUCAUCCAUAUGGCAGAGAUUUCCCUGGCCAGAUUCCCACAGGAAGGUUCUCCAAUGGGAAACUCGUUCCUGAUCUCCUGGCAUCAAGAUUAGGGAUAAAGGAGCUUGUUCCAGCUUUUUUAGAUCCCAAUCUAUCUGAUGAUGACCUGAGAACCGGUGUCAGUUUUGGGUCAGCAGGGUCAGGUUAUGAUGAUCUUACUACUACUAUAUCUGGUGUCAUUCCAGUUCUAAAGCAGAUUGAUCUUUUUGAGAAUUACAUUAAAAAACUAAAAAGAAUUGUGGGUGAAGAGGAGGCUAAAAAGAUUCUCGGUGAUGGUUUGACUGUUGUAAGUGCAGGAACUAAUGACUUCAUUUUUAAUUUCUAUGACAUUCCUAGAAGGUCAUUGGAGUACAAUAUCAAUGGUUACCAAGCCUUUGUGCAGAAUAGGCUACAAAGUUUUAUCCAGGGAUUGUAUCAACUCGGAUGUCGCAACAUGAUUGUAGCAGGACUUCCUCCAAUUGGUUGCAUACCUGUUCAAGAGACUCUAGCAUUCCAGGAUCCUAAAGAUCGAAAAUGUAUUCAAAAUCAAAAUUCAGAUUCCCAAAAUUACAAUAUCAACCUCACUAAGUUAUUGCACGACUUGCAAGAACUACUUCCUGGAAGCAAAAUUCACUACAUUGACAUUUACAAUCCAAUGAUCGAUAUGAUCAAUAAUCCACAAAAAUACGGUUUCAUACAAACGACAAAAGGUUGUUGCGGGACCGGUUUGGGGGAAACAGGAGCUUUGUGUAAUCCGAAGACACCAACAUGUGAGGAGCCUAAGAAAUACUUGUUUUGGGAUAGUGUUCAUCCUACUGAAUCAGCCUACAGUUUCAUUUGCGACAACAUUGUCAAGCAACUAGGGUCGUAUUUGAUUCAGAAUCCAUCUUCCCCCUAAGCCGUUUAUGUAAAUAGUUCAAACAUUACCCACUAAGGCAUCGAAUAGUUGAAAUUUGAAAAAUGUUGUUUGAGAUUUGCUAGUUCUUAUGAAAAUAAUGUUGUUCUUAAUUCAUAAACAGUAUAAUAUCAAUGAAAAUUUGUAAAAAGGAAGAGGUCGAGAUCAGUUAUAGGGAAGUAAAUGCAUAAUUCUUUGACAAAA